CCGCAGUGCCCGGAUGUGAAUGGAUUACAAUGUAUCUUUCAGGGAAACCUAUUAUUAUCAAUGUGACUCCACGGGGGAGUCAAUGGUGAUGAUGAUGAGGAGGAGGAUGAUGAUGAUGAGACACCUCUAAACUUGGAACAAGUUUAAGACUUUAUAAGAGGAGAAGAGAAAAAACCAACAAGAUUUGUUUGAGGAAAAAUUAUAACUAUCCUGUGUUGAUAAUUUUUUUUAUAAACAAUAAGAAAAAGUUGUUGGAUUUUUUUAAUGAUUUAUUUUUUGGGGGAGGUAAUUUUGUUGCAGUUUUAUGGUGGAAAAUGCAAAAACCAGAGCCAGGUGCAUAAUCUUGUAAUCUGUGGAUAUCCCUGGAGCAGGACUGAGUACUACUUAAAAUACUUUUUUGGGGGAUACACAUGUGAGAUACUAAGUACUUGCAGAAGAUUUUUGUUUCUCUCUUUAAAGUCUCUUUCCUUGGAAUAUUGUGAGCAUAUUUGUGGCCAUUUAAGGUUUGUGUGAUUUUGCUAAAAUGCAUCACCAACAGCGAAUGGCUGCCUUAGGGACGGACAAAGAGCUGAGUGAUUUACUGGAUUUCAGUGCGAUGUUUUCACCUCCUGUGAGCAGUGGGAAAAAUGGACCAACUUCUUUGGCGAGUGGACAUUUUACUGGCUCAAAUGUAGAAGACAGAAGUAGCUCAGGGUCCUGGGGGAAUGGAGGACAUCCAAGCCCGUCCAGGAACUAUGGAGAUGGGACUCCCUAUGACCACAUGACCAGCAGGGACCUUGGGUCACAUGACAAUCUCUCUCCACCUUUUGUCAAUUCCAGAAUACAAAGUAAAACAGAAAGGGGCUCAUACUCAUCUUAUGGGAGAGAAUCGAACUUACAGGGUUGCCACCAGCAGAGUCUCCUUGGAGGGGACAUGGAUAUGGGCAAUCCAGGAACCCUUUCGCCCACCAAACCUGGCUCCCAGUACUAUCAGUAUUCUAGCAAUAACCCCCGACGGAGGCCUCUUCACAGUAGUGCCAUGGAGGUACAGACAAAAAAAGUUCGAAAAGUUCCUCCAGGUUUGCCAUCUUCAGUCUAUGCUCCAUCAGCAAGCACUGCCGACUACAAUAGGGACUCGCCAGGCUACCCCUCCUCAAAGCCAGCAGCCAGCACUUUCCCUAGCUCCUUCUUCAUGCAAGAUGGCCAUCACAGCAGUGACCCUUGGAGCUCCUCCAGUGGGAUGAAUCAGCCUGGCUAUGGAGGAAUGUUGGGCAAUUCUUCUCAUAUUCCACAGUCUAGCAGUUACUGUAGCCUGCAUCCACAUGAACGUUUGAGCUAUCCAUCACACUCCUCAGCAGACAUCAAUUCCAGUCUUCCUCCGAUGUCCACUUUCCAUCGUAGUGGCACAAACCACUACAGCGCCUCCUCCUGCACGCCUCCUGCCAACGGGACAGACAGUAUCAUGGCAAAUAGAGGAAGCGGGGCAGCAGGCAGCUCCCAGACUGGAGACGCUCUGGGGAAAGCACUUGCUUCGAUCUAUUCUCCAGAUCACACUAACAACAGCUUUUCAUCAAACCCUUCAACUCCUGUUGGCUCUCCUCCUUCUCUCUCAGCAGGCACUGCUGUUUGGUCAAGAAAUGGAGGUCAGGCCUCAUCAUCUCCCAAUUAUGAAGGACCCUUGCACUCCUUGCAAAGCCGAAUUGAAGAUCGCUUAGAAAGACUGGAUGAUGCAAUUCAUGUUCUCCGGAAUCAUGCAGUGGGCCCAUCCACAGCUGUGCCUGGUGGUCACGGGGACAUGCAUGGGAUCAUCGGACCUUCUCAUAAUGGAGCAAUGGGUGGUCUGGGCUCAGGGUACGGAACCGGCCUUCUUUCAGCCAACAGACAUUCACUCAUGGUUGGGGCCCACCGUGAAGAUGGUGUGGCCCUGAGAGGCAGCCAUUCUCUUCUGCCAAAUCAGGUUCCGGUUCCACAGCUUCCUGUCCAGUCUGCAACUUCCCCUGACUUGAACCCACCCCAGGACCCUUACAGAGGCAUGCCACCAGGUCUACAGGGGCAGAGUGUCUCCUCCGGCAGCUCUGAGAUCAAAUCUGACGAUGAGGGUGAUGAGAACCUGCAAGACACGAAAUCUUCUGAGGACAAGAAAUUAGACGACGACAAGAAGGAUAUCAAAUCAAUUACUAGGUCAAGAUCUAGCAAUAAUGAUGAUGAGGACCUGACCCCAGAGCAGAAGGCAGAGCGUGAGAAGGAGCGGAGAAUGGCCAACAACGCCCGUGAGCGCCUGCGGGUCCGCGACAUCAACGAGGCUUUCAAGGAGCUUGGCCGCAUGGUGCAGCUCCACCUCAAGAGUGACAAGCCUCAGACUAAGCUCCUGAUCCUCCACCAGGCCGUGGCUGUCAUCCUCAGCCUGGAGCAGCAAGUCCGAGAAAGGAAUCUGAAUCCGAAAGCAGCGUGUCUGAAAAGAAGGGAGGAAGAGAAGGUGUCCUCAGAGCCUCCCCCACUCUCCUUGGCUGGCCCGCACCCUGGAAUGGGAGAUGCGUCCAAUCACCUGGGACAGAUGUGAAAGGGUCCAAGUUGCUACAUUGCUUCAUUAAAACAAGAGACCACUUCCUUAACAGCUGUAUUAUCUUAAACCCACAUAAACACUUCUCCUUAACCCCUUUUUUUGUAAUAUAAGACAAGUCUGAGUAGUUAUGAAUCGCAGACGCAAGAGGUUUCAGCAUUCCCAAUUAUCAAAAAACAGAAAACAAACAAAAAAAAAAAAAAGAAAGAAAAAAGUGCAACUUGAGGGACGACUUCUUUAACAUAUCAUUCAGAAUGUGCAAAGCAGUAUGUACAGGCUGAGACGCAGCCCAGAGACUGAAUGGCAAUCUUUCCACACUGUGGAACAAUGCAUUUGUGCCUAAACUUCUUUUGGAAAAAAAAAAAAAUAUAAUUAAUUUGUAAGUCUGAAAAAAAUAUUUAAUUUAAAAAAUUGUAAA